AUGGCCCCACCACACAACACCAUGAGCAGCUUCAAACACAACCCGUACCAGCAGUUUUCGUCGCAGCCGUCGCCUUCCGCAGUCGAACGCCGCGCAGCGCUCCAGCAACAGCAGCAGCAGCAACAGCAACAGGAGGUACCACAGCGGCCCCUCGCGUCGCCAAUUGUUUGCCCCGCUCCUUACUCACCCCUCUCCAGCGGCACCGUCCCCACCUCUCCACCUUCCUUCAGCAGCGGCAACCGCGUUCUCGUCUCGCGCGAUGUGAGCAGCGGCGGCAACGCCGACGGAUUGCCUCAUGCCUCGCCGCUCUCCAGCACCACCACCGCCACCACCCUACGCAGCCCCGUCCUCUCCAGCAACGUGUCAUCGCCGCAUCUUCACUUCGACGCACAGCGCGAAUCGCUGUCUCUGCCGGGGGCGAUGCCGCACUCCGCGCCAACCUCCUCCAAUCGAAGGUCCCCGCUCACCCCGGCGAGCCGGCCGCCAUGGCAGCCGGGUGACACAGCCGGCAGCUUCAACCCCUGCGGCGGCUCCUCCGGUCUGGCGGCGUCCUACAGCGAUCCGAUCUCUGCGUUGGGGCACCCCUACAACUUCUACGCUGGUGACAGGACGGAGGUCGUUGCUGGGUCGCCCAGCUCUAACAUGACGCCGCUCUCUGCCGUGGCGGCCGCCGACAAGCCCGCGACGACGCUCUUCAUCGACGGUCUGCCGUCCUCCAUCGAAAACCAGUAUCAGCUGUGCCCCUACGUGCCACCGCAGGGCCGUGUGAAGGUGCGCGUGAAGCGCUCCAACGGCCGCGAUGUUGGCUUCGCGGAGUACGACGGCGUAGACUCCGCGAGUGCGGCGCUGGAGUGGUUCAGAGGCAUCCGCACCAUGAAGGAAACGGUCCAGACCUCCGGCUGCGCUGCGAUGCUGGGUGCGGUGGGCAGCCACGGCGGCACCUGCUGCUCCUGUGGCCGUGCCUACGCCGCACCUUCCCAAAGCCAGCCCCAACCUCAUACAGCGGAGAGCACGUAUCCGCGCUCCUACACGCAGUGGGUGCCCGUGGCGUACAACGAUUACCUGGCGCUGCGCGACGACCCGGUGCAGUUCGCGCAGCUGCUGCGGCAGUGUGUCAGCCUACGAGUGGAGUGGGCGCGGACACGCGAGGCGCAGCACACACCGGCGCAGCAAAUGGCCGGACAGCCCGCUCAAGUCGUCGAGGGCGCUGCGCAGCUUCACACCCUUUCCUCGCCGCUGCAGUCCAUCGCGGCGAUGCUGACGUCCAUGCACGCGCCGUCGCUGCCCGCCACGGCGCGCCCGGGCGACCACACGCCCGCCACAAUGCAGACAAACACGCGCUGCUACGAGCAGCCGCCACCGCCUCCGCCACUCCCGCAGCAGCAACGGCCGCCGCAGCGGUUGUACUCCGAAGAGGUCGCAUCGCCCUUCCACCCCCCGUCUGUCACCUCUACUCCGUCGUGUAGCACCGGGAGAGCGGUGCCGACGUUCACCGUGGCACGCGCCACUGGCAGGUCUAGAUGGGCAGGCGCUGCCCAGUUUGCGGAGCGUCGCGUCGGGGAUGCUGAACGUGGGGGUCCCCCGCCGCGCUACACAGCGGCGAUGUCUCGUCCAAGCGUCAGCCCGACGCAGCCGUCCUCGACCACCACCACGACGCACAGUUCCACUCAGUCGCCGGGGCUUCCGUUCUUACCGGUCCAACCACCGCCGCCGCCGCCCCCGCCGCAACCCCCACCGCUUCCUCCUCCGCGAGGCAUUUCCGCUCCGGCGGACGCUCUUUUCGCGGCUUCGCUACAAGACGCAGCUGCCGCCUCAUCGCCCCCACCACCGCGCAGCAGUCAGCAAAUCAUUCCGCAGGCGCGGCAACGGCGUCCUCGCGUCAUUUGUAUCCGACUGUGA